AUGAGAACUUUUGAUUACGAUUCCAAUUACUGUUCUAAGAAAACCAUCAACAUUGGUGGUAUCAAUGUCUAUGUCUACAACACAGAGUCAUUGAGUGAAUACAUUGCCAAUUACAACAAAACAAUUGAAGGUCCUCACGAAGGUCAUGAAAAGUUUUUACAGUUACCAUUAAAUGUAUUAUAUUUCAUUCAUUAUCGUGGAGGAAGCUACAUGAAUACUGAAGCUUUUGGAUAUCGUACACUUCAAUAUAUUCAUGAGAAUAAAGGAGACACUAAGGUCCCAGCUAUAUUUGUAACUUUUGAUCUUCGCAACCAUGGAGAACGUACAUUAGAUGAAGAGCGCAACAAGUCAUGGAGUUCUGGUAAUGAAACUCAUGGUUUGGAUAUGGUUUCAGCCAUUGAGGGAAAUAUUGCUGAUAUCAAGUUGAUAAUGGAUUAUUUACCAGCUUAUUUGAAUUUGGAAGCUCAAUUGAACGAUAAAGCCAAAAAUAUCCUUGAAACCAAGUUAGAGUAUCGUAAUUUCCUUUCAGGUUAUUCAUUAGGAGGUCAUACUGUUAUAAGAUUCGCAGCUAAAUUUCCAGAAUUAGUAAGGACCAUUAAUACUGUGGUGGGAUGUCCUGAUUUGUCGUCAUUACUCAUUACCAGAUUGAGAAAGAUUAGUCUUAAUGAUUCUGCUUACGAUAAAAAAUGGUUUUAUCAUGAAUACAAUGAAUUAAACCUAACUGAUGAAGAGAAACAAAAGUACCCUGAACAUUUCCACAAUUACUUAAAACAACAAGAUAUUGAUGUUUUUGAACAUUUUAAAUUUGCUAAAAUCCCAAUGUAUGCUUGCUUUGGUACAGAAGAUUCAUUGACACCUCCAAAGUUAUCUAAAGCUUGGGUUGAAAUCUAUGAGAAUACCAAUGAAUACAGUGAAUCGUUCUUUCAAAAAUCAAUUGGUCAUGAAUGUACAGAAGAGAUGCUUAAAGGGUAUGCCUCAUGGAUUAUUAAGUUUUUGUAA